GAGGUGCGGGGUGAGGCAGCUGAGGUAACGAUGUGGUGGUCCAAGGCCUUUCUCAAUGCACAUGUGUGUUGGGGAAAUUUCGUUACACUCGGGUGCCCGGCACCCAAGGGCAGUGGGCGUGAGCCGCGGGUGAGCUAUCGUGCCUGUAGGGACAUUAGAGCCUUCACCGAUAAGCUCCUCGGCGAGAUGGGCGAAUUCGUUUCUCUUGAGCUUGUGGCUGGUCGUUUGGCGUGUGAUGGCAAGCGGUCCGUUGUAGAGUCCAUGUUGGCCCAGGUUCAAUGUACAGUUAGUGCAAGUUAUUUUCAUGAUGGAGCAGCCGCCGGGGAGGCCAGUACGGUAGCUUUGCCGGUGGAAGCUGGCCGGAUUGCGAUUCCUAGCCAGGCUGGGUUGGUGGAUCCGUGCCGGUGGCUGGAAGGCGACAGGAGGGAGACGGUCCGGAACCUGGCUGCCCUUCGCAAGCCGGAAUACCUGUGGGAUGAGAUCCCGAUCGCAUGUCACCGUGUGCCGGCUGAGGAGGAGCCGGCCUUGGCCGACAGAUUGUUGUCGGCGGGGAUGGCCGCGCUGGUGCCUGAGAGCCUCUUCUGCGUGGCCAAAAACGCGACCGAGGACAGGCUGAUCUUUGACCGGCGUCCGGAGAACGAGCUUGCUUCGCUCGGCUUCUUCUUGGUCCUCGGGAAUAUCUUCGAGGUUCAGGUGGUGGCCAAGCACAGUGGUGACCCGAAGAUUGCGUAUAGGCUGGCAUUCCGUGUCUUAGGCAUGGGGGACAAGAACGGCUGCGACAUUGCUCAGGCUGUUCAUGAAAGUCUUCUUCGCAGGCACGGUGUUCUUGAUCCGCGCUACACCUUAGUCUAUGGAGACCACAUCCCGCAGGAGCGCCUCCUGGAAGGGGUCUACUUAGACGACUUGCUGAUAGCCCAGAAGUGCGAAGUCCCCGAUGUGAUCCCCCUCGAUGGCUCCUUCGUCCCGCCACCUGCUCAGGUCGAUGACGCCGACGUCAUGGAGCUGAAGGCUGCGGAGCAUGCCUAUGAGGAGGCUGGGCUCGAGCGUGCCGAACAUAAGGCUUUUCGACAGCUUGUGCAUUUCAAGGCGUGGGGUGCUGAAGUGGAUGGUGUGCAAGGAAAAGCCGGGGCCCCUCUUGAGGCAAGACGACAGGUGUGGUUUCUCAUUGCCAAGUUGGUCUCAGGUGGCUUUGCGAGCCGUGUGGUGUUGCAACGGGUCGUCGGGUACUUGGCCUUCAUUUUCCAGUUUCGUCGGGAACUCUACGGCUUGUUGCAUCACAUGUACAAGUACUUGGCCAAGAUGCCUGAGGGCCGCUGGGUGCCGCUUCCGGGGCACAUCCUGGACGAGCUCCGGAGCUGCGCUCUACAUUUGCCGUUUGCCACUUGGAACAUGCGCAAGCACCUCAGCUCAUUGGUAGUCGCCACUGAUGCUACGCCCACGGCAGGUGGCGCGGUGACGGCUCGGGUGCCCGAUGCCGUAGCCCAAGCUCUCUGGCGCCACACGGAAGUGAAGGGGGAGGCGGUGCGCCUCGAUAGAGACCUCGACUUUGAGGUCGAUGCCAAUCGGCCGCGUGAGGCCUCCCGCUUCGCAAGCAUGGUAUCGGAAUGCCUUUGUUGGACGGUUGAGAGCGGAUACACUUUUCGUCAGACCUCGCACAUCAAUCUUCAGGAAAUGCGAGCCCUGAAGAAGGAGCUGGUGAAGCUCGCCGGGAACCCAACGAACUCGCAGUGCAUCUUUCUCUUCCUUAACGACUCUCGGGUGGUGUGCGGUGCUCUGGGAAAGGGAAGAUCGUCAAGCUUCAAGCUGAAUGGAAUCAUUCGGACUAUCAUCCCCCACCUUGUGCUCUCCGGGAUCACGCUUGGGAUGCUUUGGGUGGAGACCGCCUCAAAUCUGGCCGAUCACCCCUCCCGCGGCCGAACCCUUCCCCCCCCUUGCUCGGCACCGCUGUGGCUUCAGCGUUUGGGGGUGCAGAGUCUUUUGGCUUGGGUUGGCAUUGAGGUCUUCACCGAGGUGGCGGUCAUCACUAAGGCUCAUCGGAAGGCCGGGGUACCAAUGCUCGAACCGUGGGGCAUGGAUGCUAUGUCGGCUGGUUGGGAGGGCUUCUUGGAGGAGCUUUUGCGGAGUGGACAGGUCCGGUGGGCCUGGUUUGCCCCGCCUUGUGAAAGCUUCAGCCCUCGUCGCAAACUUGAUCCAGGUGGCCCGCUUCGACGCCGAGGAGAACCAGAGGGUGACCCGCGGAACACCGAGGUCAGGCUGGGCAACUUACAGUGGAAAUGGAGCCUGGGCAUGAUGAGGGUUCUCCUUGAGGCCGGUGGGAUUAUCUUUUUGGUGCACCCGAAGGACAGUGUGGCCUGGCGCUUAGAAGAGACAAACCGCUUCAUUCAGCAGCAUGCUCUUCGCCGGGUGAAUGUUGACUCUUGUGCACACGUAGCCUCGGGUACUUCGUCGCAAACUCGCCCCAACCGAAAGCCGUUGACCAUUGUGACGAACUCCCCCUGGAUUGAUGAUGCGAUGCGCUCAUGUCCGGGAAAACAUGUGCAUGAUGAUCCCUCGCGGGGCCGAUGUGCUCGAGAGUUUGGAACUUAUCCUUCCGGGUUCGGUGAGAAGCUAGCUGAUGCCCUCAUACAAUGGACGAAGGCCGGUGCCUCUCCACCGGGCGGCUUUGAGUGCUGA